AAUCUGGUGGGAGGGAUUCAUGCUCUGCGCCCUCCCAAUUGUUUCUCGCCUAAACCUAGAUGUUUCUUUUAAAGACUUAACAUUGAAUAUUUGCUUAUAUAAUGAUUUCGCAAAUUCUGAGAUCUUCGCUGUGUGUACUUCGUUGCAUACGGACAACUUCGACAUCCGGUAUAAGACUUUAUCAUGGAGACAACGUAGCGACUCUUGGUUCACAGCCUGAUACACAGUCGGCGAUUUAUCAGGAGAACUAUGAACGAAUGCAAACACUCGUGAAUGAAUUGAAAACAAGGGCAGAGAAAAUCAAAUUGGGGGGUGGAGAAAAGGCCAGAAAGCUGCACACAUCCAGAGGAAAACUGCUGCCCCGAGAGCGCAUUGACAGAGUCCUGGACCCAGGUUCCCCUUUUCUGGAGUUCUCUCAGUUUGCUGCUUAUCAGUUGUAUGGGAAUGAGGAGGUUCCAGCUGGAGGCAUAAUUACAGGAAUUGGACGAGUUUCAGGGGUAGAGUGUGUUAUUGUGGCCAACGAUGCCACUGUCAAGGGGGGCACCUAUUACCCAAUCACAGUGAAGAAGCACCUCCGGGCUCAAGAAAUAGCUCAGCAGAACCAUUUGCCAUGUAUAUAUUUAGUGGAUUCUGGUGGGGCCAAUUUGCCCAGGCAAGCCGACGUUUUUCCAGACCGUGAUCACUUCGGACGUAUCUUCUUCAAUCAGGCUCGCCUAUCUUCCGAAGGAUUAUCACAGAUAGCGGUCGUUAUGGGAUCCUGCACUGCUGGGGGGGCCUAUGUCCCUGCCAUGGCCGAUGAGAGUAUCAUAGUGAGGAAACAAGGGACCAUUUUUCUUGGAGGACCUCCUUUGGUAAAGGCAGCUACUGGUGAGGAGGUGUCUGCUGAAGAUCUGGGAGGAGCUGACCUUCACUGCAGAAAGUCUGGUGUCACUGACCACUACGCCCUGGAUGAUAGCCACGCGCUCCAUUUAGCUCGCAAAGCAGUACGAAGUUUGAACUACAUGAAAAAUCUCGAUGUGACUGUGGAACCACCUGAAGCCCCCAUUUUUCCAGAGGAUGAGCUGUACGGCAUUGUUGGAGAGAACUUGAAACGAAACUUUGAUGUCAGAGAAGUUAUUGCGAGAAUUGUGGAUGGAAGCAAGUUUGAUGAGUUCAAGGCAUUGUAUGGAGACACACUGGUCACUGGUUUCUCCAGAAUAUUCGGUUACCCUGUGGGAAUCAUUGGGAACAAUGGAGUCUUGUUUUCAGAAUCUGCCAAGAAAGGAACCCAUUUCAUUCAGUUAUGUUGCCAGAGGAAAAUACCUUUAAUUUUCCUUCAAAAUAUAACUGGUUUCAUGGUUGGCAGAGAGUAUGAAGCAGGAGGAAUUGCUAAGGAUGGAGCAAAGAUGGUGAUCGCUGUGGCCUGUGCCAAUGUGCCUAAGAUCACAGUGAUUAUUGGGGGCUCAUAUGGUGCAGGCAACUAUGGAAUGUGUGGCAGAGCAUACAGCCCCAGAUUCCUGUAUAUGUGGCCCAAUGCUCGUAUAUCUGUGAUGGGCGGCGAACAAGCCGCCACUGUUCUGGCCACCAUCACCAAAGACCAGAAACUGCGUGAGGGAAAAGAAUUUACAGCAGAACAGGAGGCAAGUAUGAAAGAACCCAUAGUGAAGCGAUUUGAAGAAGAGGGUAACCCAUACUACUCCAGUGCCAGACUUUGGGACGAUGGCAUCAUUGACCCAGCUGAUACCCGUCUGGUACUGGGACUUAGCCUUAGUGCAGCACUUAAUUCUCCUGUCCAAAAGACAAACUUUGGCGUAUUCAGGAUGUGAUUCCACAAGCACAAUGCUUUCAAGAUGUCUAUGGACCUUAGAGCCGUUUCCUCCCGUACACCAUCUUCGUCUGUCUCAGACAUUCAUAAAAUAGGUUACAAAAAAUGUUUUGGUGUGAAACAGGAUUCGCUACUAUGUAUCGUUCUUUGGUUGCAAAGUAAAUCAUGUGCAUACAAAAAAAAAAGUUUGCAGUCAGAUUAUGAGUUUAAAAUUUGAGUGUGUGUAGAUGUGAUCAACUAAACUAUUCUGAAAUUAUUAAUGUCACCUGUAUUAAUCUAUUCCAUGAUGAAACUAUUUUGAAAACUAUGACAAAUACAUUAUAAUUUCUAAUCUG